UUCUGGACGGGAAGUUUAAAUACAAUCGAAGUUCGUAAAUUGAAGAGCUGAUCAAACAACGUAAAUAAUGCUUUUAAAAACGGGGUAUGGAAACAGAAUUUCAUUUUGACUGCUGUCAUUUUUUGUGCUACUGCAUGGCGGACAUGCCUAGUGUAAUGUAAUGGUGGCGGGAUUCUGUGGAUUUUUCUGCCUGAUGAAUAUGCUGGCUUUUGAUAUUGGAAAAGUGACCGCUGAAAGCCAAACAACUGCAUUAUACCACGACAGCCCAACAAGCUGCCGCAUAUUCGAGAAUAGUGACAUUAUAGGGCUGGUUGCUUUUUGUUCUGCCUUUCAACCCAAUGAAACCUCCUACAUCCUCCCAAACACAACAACUCGACUUCAACUUUUCCGCGUCGUUAACUUGUCCACAAAUAUUUCCUUAGCACCAAAUAUGGACCAGUUGUUGGUUUUGGAGAUGAUUGCUUGCAAUUUACAGAACAUUACAAGUGUCAUGUUUGAAGGCUUGAGAAACUUACAGAGAAUCUCUCUCAUGAAAAAUUCCAUAAUUGAACUUCCUCCUGAUACUUUCCGACACAAUCCUCUUUUAGAAAGUGUAGACUUGUCAAAUAAUUUUCUUUUUUCAAUUGAUAGAAUUACUCAUUCUCUCAGAAAUUUACGAUUGCUAAUGAACUUAAAUUUGUCCAAAAACAAAGGAAUAAGUUUCGUUUCUAAUGAGGAUUUUAAACCUAUGAAUAAUACUUCACUAAAAUCUUUGGAUUUAGCUGAUUGCAUAAUUGAACGAAUAGACGAUGAGGCAUUUAAGUGGUUUAACUGUCUGGCUUCGCUAAAUGUGUCAAGAAAUCUUCUUGGCGACAUAGCACUUAAAAAUUUGAGUAAUACUUUAUCCCAAGAUUGCUUGAAAGAUUUCCGAGCUUCAGAAAUGAGGGAUGAGAUGUAUUUUUCUUUGCAUUUCUUGUUGUGGUUGACAUAUUCCGAAGUUGAAUACUUAGAUUUAUCAAAGAAUAAGUUUUCUUAUUUUCCUUUAGAGGGGUAUCGUCAACUAAAGAUAUUGAAUGUAGAUUACUGUGGAAUAACAUUUGCUCCUUACCAAAAAUUUUCUGGAAUGUCCAAAUUGGAAAUUUUAUUAAUGAAACAGCAUUUCAUAAAAAAUAUAAAUCAGCAAUUUAAGUCAGCUUCAAAAUUAAAAAUUCUAGAUUUGAGUGAAUUUUCAGGAGAAAUUACUCUAAUGUCAGUAAAUAUCGCAGGUUAUGCUUUUGAAAAUCAGAAGGAACUUGAGAUUCUGUACAUGAAUUCUUUGCCUCUAAAGAAUGGGAUUCUCAAAAAUAUGUUUAAUGGGUUAUCAAAUUUAAAAGAAAUUUAUUUGAGCAGAUGUUAUAUUCCUCUCAUUGAAGAAUAUUCUUUCGAAACCUUAGAAAAUUUAGUUUCCAUUGAUCUAUCGAACAAUCUGAUAAGUGAGCUAGCUAACAAUACAUUAUUUGGACUUAGGAAUGUGAGGAAAAUAUUACUUGAUGGUAAUCGAUUGUCAUUCUUAAACAACAGUUAUCCUUUUGAAUUUACUCCCAAACUGGAAGUGUUAAGCUUGAACCAAAAUAAAAUAUUCAGCUUUCCUAGUGGAAUGUUUCUGAAUUUAAAUGUUUUGGGCAUUAUUCGAGUUGGCGAUAAUUUUAUUCAGCCUUGGACAGAAGAGAUUCUGCCUUUUUCUGGAAAUUUAACGUUAUUUAUGCUUAAGAAAAACAAAAUAAGUUUCUUUACUAAACUCAUGUUGGAGGAUCUGAACAAGGUAGAACUCGUUGAUUUUUCAGGAAAUCCAAUUAAUUGCUCCCACUGCAGCACUAAAGACUUGCAGAUCUGGUUAGAAUCGACGAACACUUCAUUCGUGAAACUGGCAUCAGAAGAAAAGAACUUUUUAUGCCAUGAGCCUCAAGAAUUGAAAGGAAUAACUGUUCCAAAUGCGGAUCUUGACUUUUUGGAUGAUUAUUGCAUUCCAAAGAAAGUGGAUGUAGCAAAAAUAAUUUAUUCGACAACUGUACCUUUAUUAGUAAUUGCCAUCAUUCUGGCCUUAGUGUGGUACCGCUGGCAUUGGAAUAUAAAAUAUAUGUUAUUCCUGGCUAGAUCGAGGACCAAGACCUACAAAGAUCAGGUGAAUGCUCAUCGAUAUGAAUUUGAUGCUUUUGUUUCUUACUGCGAUAAAGAUUUGCCAUGGAUUAGAAACGAAUUACUUCGAUCUUUAGAAACUGAAGAAGAUAGAAUCACUUGUUGCUUACCUGAUCGGGAUUUUAUCGCUGGAUGUUCCGUUCUUAACAAUAUUGCUGCAGCUAUAGAACAAAGCAGAACAACUCUUCUUAUUCUUAGUAACGAAUAUUUAAGUUCUGAUUGGUGUAAAUUUGAAGCCGAAAUUGCUCAACAUAAAUUAUUCGAAGACACUAGAAAUGGUUUAAUUUUGAUUCUUUUAGAACCUCUUCACAAAGAAAAAAUUACUAAAAAUCUUCAGUACGUUAUUCAGACGCGAACAUGCAUACAGUGGACUAAAAAUACAGCUGGAAAAAAGUUGUUCUGGAAGCGUAUACGGUUGGCAAUUAUGAAUCCUGAAGAAAAGACCUGGUUUACACACAUCACGUGAAAUUUCAAUUCAAAGUGAUUUUAUUAUUAUUAUCGAGAUCUCUGUGAACAAAAUUAUAAAAACAUAUGUUAUGAAAGCUAUUAUUUUUUUCCUAGUUCUUUAGGACCAUAAAAAAAGAUCAGAAAAUAAAAUAAAUUUAGUACCAAAAGUUAAGUACAUUCCUAGAUACUUUUCUAUGUAAAUGCUGUGAAGAUACAGACAUUUCUCAUAUUGAUAGAUCAGGUUUCCUAUAUCCUCUUAAAAAAAGUUGUCAUCGGUGAUCAGAGAUGGGCCUCAACGCUCCUUUGAAACUCCUCAUUUCUCUAGAAAUCAUUUGAAUCUUCUAAGCACUCGCUGCCUUAGACUGCCUCAUCGUGAUAAGGGAGUUUCACUGGGCGGAAUGGGUGAAGUACGUCGGGAGUUUAACUUCUGGUAGGGCUACCUUAGGCGUGAAGGCCAUUCCAUUAUGGCAAGCUAACGUCUACUGGAAUUGGAGCUAAGCCAGACUUCUAUUUUUGGUGCUUUAGUCUUAGGACACAGAAGCUGCCCAUUUUCCUCAUCUAUAAAAUAGAUUACAGUCUCCAAAAUCUUAAAAAUAUUGCACUGCUCAUUCUUUUUUUAUCUGGGCCUCUUCAAGCAGGAUCUUAUUGACAAUCCAUUGUUAAUAUUGAACUUCUUCAGGGUGUACAAUUACAUAGACUCUGUAUAGUUAUGCUGUUCUUGGGGAUGUGCAGCAGCAAUAACAAGCAUUCACACUCCAAAAUCGCUGGUAUGCUGUUCGGCCAGUUCGUAGUUUGGGAUAUUAGUAUCCUCCAUUUCUUUGAAACGAUUGGAUCAAUUUGUUGAACAAGAUUCUCUAUUACAACAGUCUUGCGCCCUCACCUUUCUUUAUGGAGAAUGCAGUUUAGAGCCGAACGAUAUUCAUUUGUUCUUGGAGUUGAAGAACUGCUUAUAAUAUCAAAAUAAUUAUUACAGAAUAAAUAAGGAGCUUCAAAGGAACUUUAAGGCCCAUCUCACAUCAUUGAUGGCAACUUUUCUCAAAGAAGGGAUAGAAAACCUGACCCACCGAUAUGACAAAUAUCGGAAUCUUCACGGUGAUUUAGUAGUAAUCAUGUUGUACAUAAUUUUCAAUAAUGAUUUUAUUUUGUUCUCUAUUUUUGUCUUUUUUUAUGGUUCAUCGGAGUUGGAAAAAGAAAAUCUAUCGUUAAACUAUUUUCUCAUACAUUCGAAACGACGCUAUUAUAUCAAUUUUUUUAAGUAAUUUUCAU